AUGCAGGUGCGGAUAGAGGAGCCGAAACUCCGACGCCGGGCUAGCAUCCUUCCUGGUGAUAGUCCAAGAGACUGUUUUGUGGAGGUUGGCCCGCACGGACAAAAGGUAUACAACUACUCAGUACAAAACAUGAUUCACCCCAGAAUCCGUCUGGCUAUCUCGAGUAGGGACUUUUCAAUGGCACUUUCCGGCAACUCAUCUAUUGGCUUGCCUGGACUCACGGAUGAGCCUGAUUCAACUGAAAAUAUGGAAAGUCAGAUGCGACAAACAAAACCCUUGCAACCAUUGCACCCGGCACGGAGUCGUUUGUGUCUUUCCGUCCUUCAAACGCGGCACAUCGAGGCUGAGAAAAGGCUUGGAAGCGCGUGCCCGGACCAGCCAAAUGACAAUAUUCGAAGAGGUGCGCCCGAAGAAUUGUGGAUUGACCGGUGCUGUUACCUUGGAGACAGCCCACCCAAGCUGCUUCGACAGAUCGAAGGCCACACUGUUCAAUCGCCCCUCGAUGUUGGUGGCAUACAAAGGCAGGAACUAGUUAGCUUGGAUCAAAUGUUCUUCGAUAUCAACGACUUAAAUCCAGAUGUUGACUGCCUAAAUUUGAUUACAGAUCCAGCUUUUGAGAGUGCUUCGGGUAUAGAUGAAUGCGGAAAAAAUCAAUCGACUCUCGCUAGCCUUUUGAUUAGUUCCACGUUAGGGAGCAGGAGUUUGUCGACAUUCCACCCGCCCAUAUCACAAAUCCCGUUUUACUGGCAAACCUUUAUGGAGAAUGUUGACCCUGUCAUUAAGAUAUUUCACAUUCCAACCAUCGGCAAGGUUGUUCGAGAAAUACAAAAUCGAAUAACAUCACUGGACGCCACUGAAGAAGCAUUGAUUUUCGUCAUAUUCUUUGCAGCUGUCACCUCCAUGGCCCCCGACGAGGCAAGCGACGAGAAAACAACUCUUCUUUCGCAUUAUCGUGUUGCUGCAGAGCAAGCACCGGCAAAAGCAGAACUUCUGUCAAACACGAACUUGGUCGUUCUGCAGGCAUUUGUGCUCUUCGUACAUUGCUUGCGUCAGUCAGAUCAAACUCGUUCCACAUUGAACCUUGCUGGCCUUGCAGUCCGCAUGGGCCAGGGCUUGAGGCUACAUGAUCCUGACAAAAGACUCGGGGUAUCACCCUUCGAUUUGGAAAACCGACGACGGCUAUGGAUGUCUAUUUGGCUUUUGGACCUUAACCUAUCUUUGGACUAUGGUACAGAACCAGCGAUAUGUCACGAGAUUGAGGACGCAUGUCUUCCGUUGAACAUAGACGAUUCAAGCUUCGACGAAACAUCCACCAAAUUGAUCAAUCAAGGACAAUGCGUAACAGUAAUAACGUACACCCUGAUCAGACACGAGCUCGGCGCGUUUAUCAAAAGGCUCUUGCACCAGCGUAAACGUACCAGACUGGAUCCUUCGCUAGGGGAAAUACCUUUGCCAUAA